UUAUGAGCAGCCAAAAACGGUUGGCGUCAAACAACUUCCAUGGAAGAAUCUUCAAUAUCUUGACCUUCGUUCCAACUUGUUCGAAGGACCAAUUCCAGUUCCGCCACCUGACAUGAAAGUCUUUUUAGUAUCAAACAAUAAUCUGACAGGAGAAAUACCUCAUUUAAUCUGCAAUAUGAGUACCCUUGAAGUUCUUGAUCUUUCCAACAAUAGCUUGACGGGUACCAUUCCAGAAUGCUUGGGACACUUCAGCAACAGUUUGCGCGUGUUGGAUCUGCAGGAGAAUAAGUUUCAUGGCAACGUUCCUGGAGUAUUUACAAAGGGCAAUGACUUGAGGACCCUCAACUUCAAUGGCAAUGAAUUGAAAGAGCCAAUCCCAAAAUCUUUGCUUAAUUGUGAAAAGUUGGAAGUCCUAGAUUUGGGAAAUAACAAAAUAAACCAGUCCUUCCCAAAAUGGUUGGGAAGCCUUCCGGCAUUAAAGGUUCUUGUUCUUCGUUCUAAUAAAUUUUAUGGUCUUGUAACGGAUCCUAAAGCCAAUAGUACUUCUUUCUCUAAGUUGAGAAUUUUUGAUAUCUCGAACAACAAUUUUAGUGGUUCAUUACCUGCGAGUUAUUUUGAGAAUAUGAAAUCCAUGAUGAGUGUUAGUGGUGAAGUUAAAAAGAAGCCUCAGUACAUGGGAGACAGGUAUUAUGAAGAUUCAGUGACGCUUGUAGUGAAAAAGCUUGAAGUUAAACUACUGAAAAUUCUUACCGUUUUCUGUACCAUUGAUUUGUCGAAUAAUAGCUUUACUGGUACGAUUCCAGAAGUAAUUGGAAAGCUUCGAGCACUUAAUCACCUCAACCUUUCUCAAAACAGUCUUACAGGUCAGAUUCCUCCAUUGUUGGGCAAUUUGGGAGGAGUCGAAUCCUUAGACCUUUCUUCAAACAAACUUGGCGGGAGAAUUCCAUGGCAGUUAACUAAUUUGACAUUUCUCUCUGCGCUGAACCUGUCACAUAACCAACUUGUGGGACUUAUUCCUCAAGGGAACCAAUUCUAUACCUUCUCAAGUGAUUCGUACGAAGGAAACUUGGGAUUAUGUGGGCCUCCAUUAACAGAAUGCAGCGACCCUUCCUAUCCACCUCAUAUUGAGGAUGAUACAGACUCUAAUAAAUAUUUUGGUUGGAAAGUUGUGUUGACGGCGUUUGGAUUGAUUAUUGGAUCUCGUGUUUACAACGGGAAAGCCUCAAUGGCUUGUAAACGCAGUGGAAGGGAAUUCCCACAAAACGGUGAGAAGGAUUAA